AUGGCAGCGACACCACUCCCUGGCGAUGCGGUGAUGACGACGGUGCAGGUGCUAUGCUACUCGACCGAGGAAGUCAAGCAAGAAAAGGCCAGCUUGGCCUUCCUCAUGAGUCUGGGCUUCUUCCACUCUGCCGGCUUCUUCCUCUCGACGAUGUGCUUCAUCUCUAUGGCAAUCUUGAUGAAGUCCAGUCGGCUGCUACGAAGCCCCAUCUUCUUUCUGCUGCUCAUUGCGAUCAUGUCGGGUGCUGCUAGUACGCUCAUGGCGGUUAUAUCGCAUCAGCAUAAUCUGCUCGAUGAUCCCAAGAUGAUCAAGGAGGUGUGGUCGACGAAGAUGAUGACUAUAUCAUUGAGUUUACUUGGAUUGGUUCCCAUCUUGGCAGACACGACGAUGAUCUUUCGCAUCAUGCUCUUCUAUCCACGAGAGGACCCAAAGCUCUUCAGGAAAGGCUUGCUGGUCAUUGCAAUACCCAUCAUCUUCAAAUUUGCUCGCAUGGGACUGCAGACCAUCUCUCGCAUUCAAGCUCUGCAAUUGUGGAAAGCACAAGAUAUGACGGCUCCUUUCGCCUGGAACGUCUGCUGGAUUCUCAACGCACUAGACCCAGCCCUUUGCACUAUCUUCAUCUGUUGCAAGCUACACCGCAUGUCGCUUCGCGCCCGUAGUAACAAGAGCAAAAAGGGACCAAGUCGGAUCUACAAGUAUCUACGUACGGCCUUGUGGACGUCUGCUGCAGCCGCUGUCCCACCCAUUGCCUUCGCGGUCACUAUGGGAGUCCUGCUUUUCAGCAACCAAGGCUCAACCGCUGUCCGACUUUACGUGGCCCACUUGUACGGGUGGUCUAUCAUCAUCGCCGCAUGUUUCUCCUCCUUCUGGCCAGAGAUCCAAGCCUCACAUUCGAAAAAGGGCGAAGCGACUGCACCACGCUUCGUCAUCGGAUUCGACAAUGACCUUCAUCGGGACAUUCAUGAUCCUGUCACACGAUUGCCGGCUGGCACUUCAGGCUCGCCGAACGAGGCAAGUAGCUUCGGUUCGGCCGCAAAAGAGAGACAGAUGGGCGAGAGAAAUGGUUUGUCCGCGUUGGACUUCCACGAUGGCGUGCAGACCAUGGGACUUCAGUCGUACGGCAGACAGGAUCGUUUGCAGACCCUCGGCGUCACAUCGGGGGUGAAUCCGAAGCAUGCCCACACGUGGGCUUCUCCUUCUCCCGAGGACACCAGCGUUGCCUUUACUCGUCGACCGGUGAACCUCACGCCUGAGCUCACGUCGGCUGCGCUACCCAGUAAUAGUACCUCGAAUGCCAUGUUCAAAGGCAAGCGUCAGCCUGUCGAUGCGGCCGAGAGCAAGCAGGGUCACCUUGCCCAUCCCCUUGACUCGCCGAGCACCUACUCUAGAGCCUCCAUUGAGCAGGAGCUGACCGCGGAUCAACCCUUGCAAGAAAAGAGGUACGGUAGCAGCAGCAGCGAGAGCAGUGCCUAUCAACCGCAUCUCCCACUCACUGGAAAUCCGAGAGCUUCGUCGACGCCUUCCCUCGCAUCCACUACUGAGGGCUGGGGCUGCGCACGCCCGGUGACAGCCCUCGAGGGGUACGAAGAGAUUGACAUUGAGCACACAGAAGAGCUGGCCCCGGGAGAGGCAUUACCGGCCCGAAACGUCUCUCCUUCGCCUGUCCGUACUCGCGAUCUGGCCCUCGUCACCAAACAGCAGCAACGGAAUGCACGCCCUACGCUACUCCGGCAGUUCUCCGAUGGCGCCACCAUCGCCUCAUCUCUGCCCAAGUCGCCGGCUCUAGUGAGGAGCGCAUCGCAACAUGUCCCCCACUUUAGGCAGGCAUCGCAUUCCUCAACAGGAUCAGCCUGGAGCAAGCUCGAUCCCACUGUUUCUGCCAGUACUAUUCCUCUCGCUCGCCGAAAACCCUCGUUUCGCCUUCAACACUUACCUCCCUCGUCCUCGAGGGCAGAAAAGGAUGAACAUCAGGAGCACGUGCAGGACGAAGCAGGUAAGAGGGAGUCGCACUAUGUCCUUGCACCUGCACCUGCUUCGACUUCUGGAGAUGCGGUAGACGAACCCGCGAUGCACCACUGGCGAACCGCCUCGGCCGCUUCUGAACCCACCGUGGGCGCGGGAGCCGGCGUUGGUGCACCUCCCCUGAUGCCUCCUCGUAGAAGGGCUGCCAGCCCUCAAAGCUACCAAGCUUCGCACCCGCCCUUGAGCUCACAGCAGCAGCAGCAGCAGCAGCAGCAGCAGCACUACCACCACCACCAACAACAACAACAACAAUACCGUCAGCAGCAACAACAGCAGCAGCAAGUACAGCAGCAGCGGCAGAAGCGACAAGAGGAACAACGACUACGAAGUGGCAGCGCCUCUUCUUCUUCUCUCUCUGCCUCUGGCCUCUCCCUCGCACCACUACCCGCGAGCCUUUCUGCCCGAGCUCCUAGGUCGGCACCUGCUGCCCCUUCUUCCACUGGGAGCAUGGGUGCGGCUGGUUUUGCGGGCCAGCAGCAAGUGCAGCAGCUGUCACGACGAGGCGAAGGGCAAGGUCAACGGCAGGAGCCAGAGCCAGAGCGGGAGCGGGACUACUACGAGCAACCCUACCCUCCACGUGUCCACAAUAACAGCCAUGGUCAUGGUCAGAGUCACGCCCACGCCCAUGAUCAAGGGCACACUCAAGGCCACGGUCGUGGACUUUUACCCAGCCCAGGCGCCAGCUCAAGCUCUACCUCUACCUCUACCUCUACCUCUACCUCCAGCCAUGGCACCCGGUCGGCCUUUGGGUUCAGCUUCGGCCACGGUCAGAAGCCCCGUCCCCUUUCCAUUGGUUCAGGCCGCAGCUUAGGCGUCGGCACGGGCAGUGGGAGUAGGAGUGCUGGUGGUGCAGGAGGCCGAGGGGGAGGGGGAGAUGCUUCACCGGUCGAUCUGGGAAGUAUUGGUAUUUUUACAGAGACGUACGUGAGAGUUGAGUGA